AUAGCUUAGCUCUCUCUCUCUCUCUAUAUACUUAUAAUAUAUAUCCACUAUUUCAUCUCUAAUUUCGUCGUACUAAAUACUAAUGCAUGUGUGAUAAUUAAGGAUGGUGAUGAUCAUGAUGUUGAGCCGCAGUAGAAGCAUAGCAGAUGACUCUCAUCAUCAAAAGAAUAAUAAUGUUCUUGACAAUAUAUAUGGUGACAACGAUGACAACAAAUCAUUCAGAAUCAAGCACGAUGACGUCAGCUUCUUCUCCCGCCUCCUUUCCCGACAACAGACGACGGCGGCGGCUGCGACUAACACCCACUCUUUCAGAGUUUACUACGCCGACGACGACGUUUCUGUUCCCUUCGUCUGGGAGUCUCAGCCCGGGACUCCCAAGCAUAGAUUCUCCGGCGGCGGCGGCGAAAACGCCCUCCGUCCUCCUCUCACGCCGCCGCCCUCUUUUUUCACCGGAAGGAAUCUGCCGGUGAAGAAUAGGAGUAGUUUGCUCCGAGCUUUGCUCGUGAAGCUCAGGGGUCUCAAGAAGGGAGGCGGACGAGGAGGCCAAUCACCACCACCGGCCGCCGCCGCAUCUCCGUCUUAUUCUUCUUCUUCUUCAUCUUCCACGCGCUCUUGGUUCUCAGCGGCGGCGGCGACGAGUACUACACCGCCUUCGAGCUCCAGGGGCAGGAGGAGGAGGCAGGUAUCGUCUUCCGGCUCCGGCGGUUCUAUUGAAAAUGGGAUUAUUAUUGAAGAAGGGAUUGCCGGCGAGGUUUCGCCGGCGGGGUGUUGGGGUAUAAGCAACCGGAGGGCCCUGAGCAUGCAUUGAUGGAGUACGUACGUAGUUAAGGAAGGACGACGUCGUUAUCUGAUCAUCUCCAUUGUUAUUGUAAGUUACGUACGUACAAUUAAUUUGGUCUCACCCAAGUUAAUAAACUGCAUCACAUUGUAUCUUUAAUUAAUUAAUUACUUUGUAGUGAACUUGAUGAUGAUGAUAAAUCCUUAUUGUAGCAUUGAGAUCAAAUCAUGA